AUGAAUACCCAACGUGCACAUCAGAAGGCUCGUCUUGGGUACUUGGUCCUCCUCUCUGCUCUGGUGCUCCUCUGCUCGGUCCACUACUUCGCGGCGCCUGUGCCCGUCGUUGCGCAGGGACGACGGCUCGACCAUGAAGCAGCAGGUGUACGGACCAGUCUAGACGACCACCAGGAUAAACGAGGCGAUGAUUUCGCACACGCACAGUCGAAACCGACGAACGCGAGCACACCCACGAACGCAGUCGAGCUCAACCCCGUCAGCAGCACCCACAGUGUGACUGAGACCGCGGACGAGACUACGGAGACGUGUUCGAGAGCGGGGACAACAGUCACGAAAAUGUAG